AACCUUUUCUGGCCAAGAUCAUUACGUACACUUUCUUUAUAUGGUGGAUGGGUAUUCACCAUGCGAUGACGAUUUCUCGGACUCCUAUGCCGGCUGCAAGACUCAGCGAAAGUGUUAUGAAGGCUAUAACUGAAGUCUGUGGCCCAGAAACAGCGUUUAGAAGACGAUUCCGGACGCUGAAAACUCAGUUCCGUGCUGUUUUAAGGGAGCACCAACAACAGCUUAGGAUGCUCAGAAGCAUGAUCAUACCCCGACUUCCGCAAGAAAGAUUGAAUCACGGCUAGAGAAAGCGGUAGCUGGACAGGAGGUUGGUCGUGGCAUGCCCAAACCGGUCCACACGCUAACGGGGACUGAUACACAUUCGCUGGAACUGCGUUCUUUGUCGUAUCUUUGGGAGCGAGCCGAACAGCAACUGAUUGUUCUGGUGAAGUCCGGUCGAGAUUCAGGCAUAAUCCGUGGAAAGAAUGUCAUCAGGAAGCAGCUUGCUGAGCUCGCCCACUUGCUCGCCAUCUUUUCCGGAUCCAGCAUAAGUGCUGACGAGGUCAUGGCUGAUGACCGAAAGUUAAAGGCCGCUGUCAAGUCCCUGAGAACCUGGCUUGAUAAGAAAGUAUACUAUUUCCAGGCAAGUACAGAGCGAGAUAUCAGCACCGCAUACAGGCAAUAUUUUGCUCUGAUCGAAGAGAGGGAACUCGAUCUCGCGAAUGCUCUCAGAUGGGAGCAGUUCCAUCAUAAGCCGGCCGCCAUCCCCUGGGGCCGAUAUCCUUCCGGCAUAGAAAUUCACGUCCGAGCAGGAAAGGGCCAUAACAAACGCGCACUACUAUUAUUCUCCUGGACCAAUGCGGAUGGCGAAGCUUGCAAUCUUUCCAAAGUGUUCCUGCCUGACGGCACACAGUCACUUUUCGAUGCAGAUGCCAGAAAGAUCUUCUUCUGUGCCGAGCAUAUUGAGAUACGAGAUGGAGCUGGUCAUAUUCUUGGAAGAGGCCGACAUCAGAACAUUACGGUGACUCGAGAUGAAAUGCUGGCCAAAUUAUCGGAGGACCCACGCAAAGAGGAUUUCAUUGCUUUCUGGGACCACCAGCUUGAGACAACAAAGGUGAAUCCGAGUCGAAGUCCGACGUUCGACGACUCCCAAAAGUUCACGCCACGUCGUCCUACGGAUUCUCACUUACGAGCGAAGAGAGUGGUACAAAGCGACUCCGACACGGUUUCCAGUUUGGAUCCAUCAAAUACGAUUGGUUUGAGGUCAGGAACGUCUUUAGGCUCCGUGUCUCCGAAUACCCGUGCCACCAAAAGCUACAAGCCGUUAUCCAAAAAAGCUUCUCGCAAUGCAAGUCCUACAAAGCGCUCGUUGCGAGCAGAUCCGUCAGCAGCGCAGCCAUCCAAACUCGAAUCCGGCACGAACAACAUUCCGUCCAGAUUCAGCAGUCGUAAGGCAGCUGAGCCUCCCUCCAACGUGGAAACGGCCCCCAUUACAAAAACGAAGCUUGUACCGAAGGCCGCUCACGACGGUAGACCGCUCAUUUACAAUGCGGGUAGUGUCAACGAGGAGAUUAAAACAAUCAAGGAUAGUCUGCCAAUGAGACAAGCAGAUGCUUUGUGGUUGUUGAACGAGUUCCUCAAAGCGGAGUAUCCGCAUGGUGGUGAAGUCAUUUUGGCAAGUCCUGUCCGCUUUCCUGCCGUCGAUUCAGUGUGGACACGUCUGGAAAAAUUCUGCCGCACGUCUAAAUACCGAAAUCAUCCAUAUAUUGACCUCAUGGAGAGCUGGGUUGAGCUCGGCAAAGGCGUUGGCGAAGGAAGAGCCAAGCGAGCCAUUCUCUCACGACAGUUGACAGCAGCCUUCAAUGUUCUGCGAAAGAAAGUGACAAGUAAACAGGUCUUCAUCCGGCCUCAACCUGACAUCAAGGCAAAGUGUACAAACGUCCUGACCGUGUCAGCAGAUGUGAAUCCAGUGGUUCUGGGAAAUGACAAAUGACGAGACCAAAGUCCAGGGCUUUCUUGCGGUGAUUGUCAUCAGACUACCUACGUAGCUUCCAAAUCAGAGAAUACUGCUGAUCUAUACCUGUUUCUUGUCUAACGGUUCCAGCCUCAUCAGUCACCGGUUACUUGGAUAUUGGCAUCUCGGUGAUGCUUCCACGACUCCAGUGCUGCGCGGUCGCCGCCGAAAAUACUAUCUUCUUCACAUCACCGUCACCAGUUGCUUCAAUGAGUGCUUGCCAUGCCUGCUCAUUAACAAACUUGAUUCAGAAACUCACCGAAUGUUUCUGGUGGUGAAGAUAAAUCAUGUUAAGCACGUUGAGUGGAGCCAUGUUUG